ACAUGUUGCCUAAUUAAAUUGUUUAUGCUAAAUUUAGAUAGAAAUAAACGUAUUAACUACAGAGUAUACAUUUAAUUUAAAAGUGCGGUGAAGAACAUUUGUUGUAUACUCCGGAUUGUGGUGAAGACAAAAUGGUGAUAAUGCGAAUGUUCGUUGUCUUCUUGAAUUUCGUUUCUUUAAGCCUUGGACAAAAUGCAGCAACUUCGCGCUUUAAACAGGAUUGUUCAUCGCCCUGUCCAGCUGUUAAGUGCCUUUCCCCAUUUAAGCCUGAGGGAGCGUGCUGCCCAAUCUGCCGAGAACAAAAACCAGGAAUGUGCCCGAAGCCAAAAAUUCCGGGUAUCUGCGUACUAGCCUGUACGUCUGACUGGAAUUGCCCAGGUUCUCAGAAAUGUUGCAGCAAUGGUUGUGGUCGCGUGUGUACGAAACCUGUCGGAAAUGGAAAGUCAUGUUUUUACAAUGGAAAAAAGUACGAAAAUGGCGAAACUUUUAAAGUCCUAUGCAAUACAUGUACAUGUACAGAGGGCAAAGUGUCGUGCACGGAGAAGGCAUGCCUGCCAAAACCAGGACAUUGCCCAAGACAAGACCCAGAUAAAGCGGGAAUCUGUAUAUUAGGAUGCAUAUUUGACUGGGGUUGCCAAGGUGUUAAAAAAUGUUGCAGUAACGGAUGCGGCAUGAUGUGCAUGUUGCCACUUGGCAGAUAUUCUUCCAAACCAAAUUGUGCAGGCGUGUACUGUCCAGAUUUGUAUUGUGAUGACCUGUAUACUCCUCCCGGCGGAUGUUGUGAAAUCUGCCCGCCUUUGAAACCGAUUUAUUAAUAUGACUCUUAGAGAUCUUGCUGAUUACACAAUCAUAUCAUUCCGCAAAACAAAAUCAAGAACCACUUUGUCUACAUUACAUUUUGUACAUUUAAAGUAAAUUUUCUUCCAACAAUAAGAACAUUUCAGAUUCAUGGCGUGGUGGGUGUGCAUUCCUGCAAUAAUUGAGGAAGUGUGGCGUUAAAACAAUGCUUUAUAAAGGGUGUUUAGUUUAAUGUGGGAAGUCAACGAAAGUCCUCCAAUGGAAUGAAUGGAACAAUUUAUUUCCAGUCGAGUCCGCAACACAUGUCAUUUUUUCUUCCCCUACAUCCAGUCUAGGCUGGUACAUCUGGAUACAGUACUAAUUUAAGUAAACCACCCGGCACAUAACACCAGUAGGAAUAUCAUUCAUGACCAGGAAUCGAACCCAGGUAUCUGACGUUGUAGUACCAACUUGCUAAGCACCGCGCCACUGACUGCCUUUAACAUUUUAAGGUUCUUGAUCAAGUUUUGGUCAGUUGAUGGAGCUUUUACAAAUUUAAACAGCUGAUCAUUUACAUAUUUUAAUCACGUUCACCGGUUUCUUAAUAUAUGUUUCAUUUUCACUGGAGUUUUUUAUUAUCUUAUUUUUUUCUCUUCUGGUUACUAAACCAAGAUAGUCUUAUUUUAUUAUAAAUUUAAGUAUUAUGAACAUAUUUGCCUAGGGAAUGAUAUGAAUAUAAAAACUACUUUAUUGUGUUUGUAAAAGUUUUGCAAAUGUAUACUUUGUUGAAAUUCAUUAGAAAUGUUUGUUUGUAAAAGUAUUAUUACUUCCCUUUAUAGAUCUAAAAUAGAUGGUUUUCUAAGCUACAAGCUGUUUUAAAACGUGUAUUUUGUCUUUUCAUGUAGUUUUAAUAUCCCAAUAUCAAUCAAAAGCAAAUUCGAAACUAGAAAUUAUAUUGAAAUUCAAGGAAAAAGACCGUCUUUUAAAUACUUUUAUAUUGAAGGUGUUAAUUACAAAAUACCAUAUAAACAAUAAAACAUACAUUUCUAACAGGUACCUACAUGUAACUCUAUGCAAAGGGCAUUUUUGUUCCUUAAAAAUAUCUCUAGCAGAAUGUACGAAAUGUCAUAAAUUGUUGCAUAAAUGUGACUGACCGCCUUUGAAGAUAUCACAUAUGAAUCUUUCACUAUCGUAGCCUUUUUUUAAAAUAUUAUAUUUAUAUGAAAUUCAAUGUAAAAAAUGAAUUAAAGUGAACU